AUGGCUCAUAUAAACUGCACCCAGGUGACAGAGUUCAUUCUUGUGGGCCUCACAAACCCGCCCCUCUUUGUGGUAUUUUUAGCUAUCUAUCUGUUCACAACAGUUGGCAACCUGGGUUUGAUUCUGGUCAUUAGAACAGAUGCAAGACUCAACACACCCAUGUACUUCUUCCUCAGCAACUUAGCUUUUGUUGAUUUCUGCUACUCUUCUGUCAUUACACCCAAAAUGCUUGGGAAUUUCUUAUACCAAAAAAACGUGAUAUCCUUCAAUUCAUGUGCUGCUCAAUUAGGAUGUUUCCUAGCCUUCAUGACAGCUGAGUGUUUGUUACUAGCUUCCAUGGCCUAUGAUAGGUAUGUGGCCAUUUGUAACCCUCUACUCUAUAUGGUCCUAAUGUCCCCAGGAAUUUGCCUUCAGCUUGUAGCUGCCCCCUAUUGCUACAGCUUCCUUGUAGCACUUUUUCAUGCCAUCCUCACCUUCCGCCUCUGCUAUUGUCACUCUAAUAUCAUCAAUCACUACUAUUGUGAUGACAUGCCCCUCCUCAGGCUAACUUGCUCAGACACUCACUCCAAACAGCUAUGGAUCUUUGUGUGUGCUGGGAUCAUGUUCAUAUCCUCUCUUCUCAUUGUUUUUAUUUCCUAUACAUUCAUUAUUUCUGCCAUCCUGAGGAUGCGCUCAGCUGAGGGAAGGCGCAAAGCUUUCUCUACAUGUGGCUCACACAUGCUGGCAGUGACCAUUUUCUAUGGAACCCUCAUUUUUAUGUACUUGCAACCUAGUUCUAAUCACUCUCUAGACACAGACAAAAUGGCUUCUGUCUUCUAUACAGUGAUCAUCCCCAUGUUGAACCCCUUGAUCUACAGCCUAAGGAACAAGGAAGUGAAGGAUGCUCUGAAGAAAUUAAUUAUCAGCAGAAAUCAAACAUUUAUUUCAUGA